AUGGGUAAACUCAUGGUACACCCAUACCUGCAGCCUAUUCGGUUGGAAGCUUGGGUCCCAAAGCGGGGUUGCGCAGCUGGCCGAAACACGUCCCUCCCUCGGGGCCAACGGUUCGCCCAUGGCAUGUGCGACUCAGAGAGGGGCCGGUGGCGGGUGCUGGGCGCGCUGGUGCUGACGUUGGGGAGCUUCCUCAUCUUGGGCGCCAACCUCCAGGACCCGCGGUCCCUGCGUUUGCCAGCGCUGUCCGCUUCGCUGACCGCGGUGGAUGCCCCCGCUGGCUACGAAGGGGAGGAGGAGGUCGCUAGCAACGUCAGCGUCAACGUCAGCGCGCCGGAGAAGCCGCUUGGACGGCCUAAGCUCAUCUUUGUGAACUGCAUAGAGGAUGGCAAGGCGGUGCGCACCGGCAAGUGGAAAAACAAGGGGCUGGUCUGCCCGCGAGGCGCGUGCAACUUCACGGUGCGGACCAAGGACCUGGAGAAAGCGGACGCGGUGGUCUUCAACGCCCUGUGGAUGUCCCCCUUGUCGAAGCCACCCUCGCGGAAGCGCCGGGGCCAGGUCUGGGUGUACAGCUUCCAUUUCGAGUCCCCCACUCUCCACACGCGGGCGCGCGGGGUGACCGGCGCGCUGUCCAAGAACAUGGACCUGACCAUGACCUUCCAGCCCUCCUCUGACAUCUUCCGACCCUUCUACCGUUUGGUGCGGCACUCGGACCCCGAAGCUUACGUGGGCUUCAAAGCGGACGGUGCCUACGCGAAGGGGAAGAAGUACCUGCUGCUGUGGUUUGUGGGUAACUGCGGGGCCAAAGGGCGCAUGAGUCUCUUCAAAGACAUCCAGAAGAUUCUGGGCGACAAGGUCCACAUGUUCGGACGGUGCGGGAAGAAGUCCCCUUGCAAAGGCAACAGAGACACUCCCUGCAACGUGGAGCUCAUGUCCCAGUACAAGUUCUAUGCCGCCUUUGAGAACUCGCGGUGCCAGGGCUACGUCACAGAGAAGUUCUUCCGCGGCCUCCGCUGGGGCAUGGUGCCCUUAGCCUUGGGCGGCCUAGGCCGCAAGGACUACGAGCGGAUCUUGCCUGGGACCUCCUUCUUGCACGUGGAUGACUUCCGGUCGGUGCAGGACUUGGCCAAAGAGCUCCUGGCCAUCGACGCAGACGAUGCGAGGUACAAUCGCUUCCACGACUGGCGCGCGGAGCUGCGGGUCAGCGGCCAGGGGGAGGCCCAGGAGGCCGCCUACUGCGAGCUCUGCGAGGCUUUGCACCAGGGCGACCAGCAGAAGCUGCACCCACCCAAGAGGUCCUUCGGCUCGAACCUCGAGAGUUGGAUGUUCCAGUCCUGCGCCAAGGACGUGCCGCGUUGGGCGGCUUAG